UGAGGUUGCCUCGGCCCUCCCCGUCUCCAGGUAUAUAAAGUGGGGAGCGCUCCUCUGGCCGGCCAAUGCGCUCGGAGAGCAUCUCCCACCCUCCGCGCUGCUGACGGACGUCGAGGCGGCGAUGAGGCUCCCGCUGGCUUUCGCCGUGCUCCUCCUGGCCUCGGCGCAGGCGCUGGCCGAGGAGAUGGGAGCCACCGACGACCUCAGCUACUGGUCCGACUGGUCUGACAGUGAUCAGGCGAAGGAGGAGCUGCCGCUGCCCCUGGAGCAUUUCCUGCAGAGGAUGGCCCGGAGACCCCGGCCCCAGCAGUUCUUCGGCCUCAUGGGCAAGCGGGAUGCCGGAUAUGGCCAGAUCUCUCACAAAAGGCAUAAAACAGACUCCUUUGUUGGACUUAUGGGCAAAAGAUCUUUAAAUUCUGGGUCCUCUGAAGGGAGCAUAGCACAGAAUUAUGAACGGAGGCGUAAAUGAGACAUUCCUGCGCAUUAUUUACUAAACUUCAUUUGUUCUGAUGGCCAAUGCAGUGUAAUAUAAACUAACCACUGUAUGGAAUAAUUAUUUAUUUAACAACUGAUGGGGUUUGGGUUUUUUUGAGUUGUACAUUCAAUAAAAUUAUUAUUUUUCAUAUUGUGGCAGUGAUACAUGUUGUGUAGGUGUGUUGUGGUUCUGAAAGGACCAGCAACCCUGGUGAUGUCUCACAACAAAGCACAUCAUUUGAUAUGACCCAUAAAGUUAUGUUUACUAAACCAAGCAAAUAUUCUUUUGUUCAUUGAAAGCGAGUCUAUCAGCUUCACAGCCAGUGCAGAACAGAGCUGAUGUUCAGUCUAGUGCCUCAAUUUGUUUUCAUGUUUAUAAUGUACUGUAAUUUCUGUAUCAAAAAAAUAUAUUUGUAUCAUUACAGCAUGUUUUAUGUUCUGUGACUAUGUAUCUAUAUAUUUUAAAAAGGGGGUGGGUAAUGUUUGAAUGGGAAUCCAAGGUCUUCAUUUCAUAGUCUGGAAUUUUAUGACAGUAACAUUUUAAAUAAAAACUACUCUGGGGCUUUUGCAACAUAA